AUGACGCUUAAAUCGUCAAAGACCAGCCACGCGUUGUUUGUUCUGAGCACUUGUGGCUCGCAAUCCCGGCGGAGGCCACCGGUGUCGCCGAUUCGCUCCCAUAGCGCCAAGCUGCUACGAACGCCAAAUAGGAGGAAUUCGCGCCGAACGCGUCAACUGCCUACGACGAUUGUAUGUCGAAUGGACGAGCGCACGGUUCGGAGGAACAGUGGGGCGGGUAUCCUGUCCUCCGCGGUUCCUUUUGAGCUUUUAGUGCGAAUGGCGCGGCUGUUUUGGCGACAGCUCUGGCACCUUAUGAUGUCACAACUCGCCCCUACUAGGAAGGGUACCGGAUCAUAUGAACGCCCGCCGCCUUCGUAUCUAUCAAGUGGCUACAAGGACCAGAUCUGGACGGGUUCAUUCGAAGAAGACCAGUUCCUCCUGUUUUAUGGAAUCGAGUGUCCCUGGUGUCAUCGAUGUUUACUAGCCGCGGCAUUCCACCGCCUGACAGAUAACUCUAAUGCUUCUCGCAUUAUAGUUCCGGUGCGUGUAUAUCCUUCCCCGGAAGGCAAGUGGGUGCUCAGGCCGGUAGGUUCGCGUUCUAACGCAGAAGACGCCAACGAGCGUCUGCCAGCCACGUAUCGAUCGGCCCGCGACUUGAAACAAAUCUACCGUAAUGCCGAUCCCUCUUUUCGGGGGCGUGCUACUGCCCCGCUCUUGGUGGACGCCCGCUCUGGCCUCAUCGUCUCGAACGAGUCAGCAGAUAUCGUCCGCUUCAUGCGGCAUAUCGCGACCGAACGGCAGACUCCCAGCGGCAUCGACCCUUUCCCUGCAGAAUAUCAGUCGCAAAUUGAAGCUGACAAAACAUGGAUUCACGAUAAUCUGAACAACGGAGUCUACAAGGUCGGAUUCGCGAGGACGCAGGCUGCUUACGAGGAUGCCGAGCGGAGUGUAUUCCAGACGCUCGCGGAGCUGGAACAGAGGCUCGCGGGCCAGCGGUACGUGAGCGGCACGCCAUAUCCUAGUGAAAGUGAUAUAUUUCUAUUUCCGACCCUGAUUCGCUUCGAUUCUGUAUAUCAUACGCUCUUUCGCUGCUGUCAGCGAAAGAUCACAGAGUUUCCAAACCUGCACGCUUGGAUGCGUGAUAUGAUCCAAACGUACGCAGCUGAGGUGUCUCACACCUUCGAUGUCAAAGAAACUGCGAAUAGCUAUUUCAAAUCCUUGUUUCCUUUGAAUCCCAGUGGCAUUGUGCCUAAAUACGAUCUAGGACGCUUGGAUGUGCCGCAUCAGCGGGAGCAGCUCGGCGCGAAACCGGACAGCUUACAGCGGCCGUAA